AUGGCUGUCGUAGGAGUUGGUUUGGACCUGAUCACCUGGAUCACGCCUCAUUAUGUGGUAUGGGGGUUACGGCUACGUCGGGCUCACAAGCUUGCCAUCACGGCUAUCUUCGCCUUUGGAAUACUGACAAUUGUUAUUGGCGUUUUUCGUAUUACCGCCAUUGCAGACGCCCCUGUCGAUAGCGAUUUGACCUACGGCAUAGGCAUAAAUCUGCUCUGGGCCCUCGCCCAGAUGAGUACGGGUAUCAUCGUUGCUUGCUUGCCACACCUGCGUCCAGCGUUCGAGAAGGUAGUGCCGAGGAGGCUCACGCGUAUCGCCACACGCAGCAAUACACGCCUUCGUUUGAACGGCGGCGAACCACAAACACCUCGACAGAACUCGAUUGCCGUAACAACGAAGAUCGAGGUGGACAAUGCCUUUCCGUCUCCAGCCCUUUCGGCACCUUUCCACGAUGGACAUCAGGAACCUUGGGCCCCAACGUUCGAGGUCGUGAAUACACUGGCUGUGCCUCAGCAGCAUACGAUGCUUUGUCGGGAGGGUCCUCCUCGGGCAGUUGGCUGCUGCUGCCUCAGGGCUUGA